CAGCAGCCUACCAGGCAGCAAUUACGCUUUGGGGAUAAAACGAGGCGCAGAGAGCAGGCUGGGGCAGUCCUCCCCGAGAUGGCGGGUCUGACAGCAGCAGUCCCGCAGCCUGGCGUCUUGCUGAUCCUCUUCCUCAGCCUCCUCCAUCCCGCGCAGCCUGGAGGGGUCCCAGGAGCUGUGCCUGGUGGAGUUCCUGGUGGAGUUCCCGGUGGAGUCUAUUAUCCAGGGGCUGGUAUCGGAGGCCUAGGAGGAGGAGCUCUCGGACCUGGAGGAAAACCACCAAAGCCAGGUGCCGGACUUGGAGCAUUUGGAAUAGGUCCUGGAGGACUUGGAGGUGGCCCCGGGGCAGGUCUCGGGACCUUUCCAGGGGCAGGCACCUUCCCAGGGGCAGGAGCUCUGGUGCCCGGGGGAGCAGCAGGGGCUGCUGCAGCUUACAAAGCUGCUGCCAAAGCUGGGGCUGGGCUUGGCGGCGUUGGCGGAGUUCCAGGUGGCGUUGGAGUGGGCGGAGUCCCUGGUGGUGUUGGAGUUGGCGGAGUCCCUGGUGGUGUUGGAGUUGGCGGAGUCCCUGGUGGUGUUGGAGUUGGCGGAGUUCCCGGGGGUGUCGGUGGUAUCGGUGGCAUCGGUGGCUUAGGAGUCUCAACAGGUGCUGUGGUGCCUCAAGUCGGAGCUGGAGUCGGAGCUGGAGGAAAGCCUGGGAAAGUUCCUGGCGUGGGUCUCCCAGGUGUAUACCCAGGCGGAGUGCUCCCAGGAGCAGGAGUUCGGUUCCCCGGUGUGGGGGUGCUCCCUGGAGUUCCCACGGGCACAGGGGUCAAAGCCAAGCUUCCAGGUGGAGGAGGUGCUUUUGCUGGAAUCCCAGGGGUCGGGCCUUUUGGGGGUCAGCAGCCUGGUGUCCCGCUGGGUUAUCCCAUCAAAGCACCAAAGCUGCCAGGUGGCUACGGACUGCCCUAUACCAAUGGGAAAUCACCCUAUGGAGUGGCUGGUGCAGGGGGCAAGGCUGGCUACCCAACGGGCACAGGGGUUGGAUCCCAGGCGGCGGCGGCAGCAGCUAAAGCAGCGAAGUAUGCAGGUGCUGGAGGAGCUGGAGUCCUCCCUGGUGUUGGAGGGGGCGGCAUUCCUGGUGGUGCUGGCGGAAUUCCUGGGAUUGGAGGCAUUGCAGGCGCUGGAACUCCCGCAGCAGCUGCUGCUGCAAAGGCUGCUGCUAAGGCUGCAAAGUAUGGAGCUGCUGGAGGCUUAGUGCCUGGUGGACCAGGAGUUAGGGUCCCAGGUGCUGGAAUCCCAGGUGUUGGUGGCAUUCCAGGUGUUGGUGGCAUUCCAGGUGUUGGUGGCAUUCCAGGUGUUGGUGGCAUCCCAGGUGUUGGUGGCAUCCCAGGUGUUGGGGGCCCUGGUAUUGGAGGUCCAGGGGCUGUGUCACCUGCUGCAGCUGCUAAAGCUGCUGCCAAAGCUGCCAAAUAUGGAGCCAGAGGUGGAGUCGGCAUCCCGACAUAUGGGGUUGGUGCUGGUGGCUUUCCUGGCUAUGGUGUUGGCGCUGGAGCUGGACUCGGAGCAGGUGGAGGCCCAGCUGCUGCUGCCGCCGCUGCCAAAGCAGCCAAGUACGGGGCCGGAGGAGCCGGAGCCCUGGGAGGCCUGGUGCCAGGUGCCGUGCCAGGGGCAGUGCCAGGGGCAGUGCCAGGGGCAGUGCCAGGUGUGCCAGGCACUGGUGGAGUGCCAGGAGCAGGUACCCCUGCCGCUGCAGCUGCAGCUGCCGCCGCCAAAGCAGCCGCCAAAGCAGGCCAGUAUGGUGUUGGUGGGGUUCCCGGUGGAGUUGGCCCUGCUGGUGUUGCUGAUAUUGGACCUGGUCUUGUACCUGGCGGUCUUGGAGGGGCAGGGACGCCGGCUGCCGCCAAAUCUGCUGCUAAGGCAGCUGCCAAAGCCCAGUACAGAGCUGCUGCUGGGCUUGGAGCUGGCGUCCCUGGAUUUGGGGCUGGGGCUGGCGUCCCCGGAUUUGGGGCUGGUGCUGGUGUCCCUGGAUUUGGGGCUGGUGCUGGUGUCCCUGGAUUUGGGGCUGGAGCAGUACCUGGAUCCCUGGCUGCAUCCAAAGCUGCUAAAUAUGGAGCAGCAGGUGGCCUUGGAGGACCUGGAGGACUCGGUGGGGCUGGAGGACUCGGCGGGCCUGGAGGACUCGGUGGGGUUGGUGGUGUUCCCGGAGGAGUGGCAGGAGUAGCACCUGCUGCUGCCGCUGCUGCCAAAGCUGCUGCCAAGGCUGCCCAGUAUGGCCUUGGUGGAGCCGGUGGACUGGGGGCCCGUGGACUGGGAGCUGGUGGACUAGGAGCCGGUGGACUGGGAGCCGGUGGACUGGGAGCCGGUGGACUGGGGGCUGGUGGAGCUGGAGGCCUUGGAGGUGUGUCCCCUGCCGCAGCUGCUAAGGCAGCCAAAUAUGGUGCUGCUGGCCUUGGAGGUGUCCUUGGAGCCAGGCCAUUCCCAGGUGGAGGAGUUGCAGGAAGACCUGGCUUUGGACUUUCUCCUAUUUACCCAGGUGGUGGUGCUGGGGGCCUGGGAGUUGGUGGAAAACCCCCGAAGCCCUAUGGAGGAGCCCUUGGAGCCCUGGGAUACCAAGGUGGGGGCUGCUUCGGGAAAUCUUGUGGCCGGAAGAGAAAGUGAUCUUCUGGGGACCCCUGACUCGCGACCUCAUCAACGUUGGUGCUACUGCUUGGUGGAGAAUGUAAACCUUCUAUGACCACCCC